GGGGCGCGGCCGGAGGCAGCGGAGGGGGAGUCGGGCCCGGGCCACGAGGACUUCAGGCCUCGCAUCGUGCCGUACUACAGAGACCCCAGCAAGCCUUACAAGAAAGUGCUCAGGACUCGCUACAUCCAGACGGAGCUGGGCUUCCACGAGCGGCUGUUUGUGGCCGUGCUGACCUCGCGGGCCACGCUGGGCACGCUGGCGGUGGCGGUGAACAGGACGGUGUCCCAGCACUUCCCGCGGCUGCUCUACUUCACGGGGCUGCGCGGCCCCAAGGUGCCCCACGGGAUGGCGCUGGUGGCCCACGGCGACGAGCGGCCCAUCUGGCUGAUGUACCAGACCGUGCACUACAUCCACCAGCACUUCGGCUCCGACUACGACUGGUUCUACAUCAUGCAGGACGACACGUACACCCAGGCCGAGCAGGUGAAGGCCCUGGUGACGCACCUGAGCAUCAACCAGGAUGUCUACCUGGGCCGGGCCGAGGAGUUCAUCGGUGGGGACGAGCAGGCGCGGUACUGCCACGGCGGCUUCGGGUACCUGCUGUCGCGGAGCCUGCUCCUCAGGCUGCGCCCCCACCUGGACAGCUGCCGCAACGAGAUCCUCAGCGUGCGGCCCGACGAGUGGCUGGGGCGCUGCAUCAUCGACUUCCUCGGCAUCUCCUGCGUCUCCGAGCUCCAGGGCCAGCAUUAUCACACCUAUGAACUGUCCAAAAACACUGAGCCAGAGAAGGAGGAGCAGGAGGAGUUCCAGGCAGCUCUGGCUGUGCACCCUGUUCCUGACAUGACCCUGAUGUACCGGCUGCACAAGCACUUCAGCAGGAUCCAGCUGGACAAAGCCUACCAGGAGAUCCAGGACCUACAGAUGCAGAUCAGGAACCUGACGGCCCUGACCCCUGCAGGCGAGGCAGGCUUGACCUGGCCCGUGGGCAUUAAUGCCCCGUUUCUUCCAAAGUCACGUUUUGAGGUGAUCAGCUGGGACUACUUCACUGAGCAGCAUCUCUUCUCCUGUCCUGAUGGCUCCCCCAAGUGUGAGCUCUCUGGAGCCAGCAAAGCAGACGUGAGUGAGAUCAUGGAGUGGGCUGUGGAGCAACUCAACCAGCAGCAGCAGCCCCUGCUGCGCUUCAGCAAGCGGCAGCUGCUCAACGGCUACCGGCGCUUCGACCCCACACGGGGCAUGGAGUACACGCUGGACCUGCUGCUGGAGGCUGUCACCCAGAAGGGACACAGCCACCUCCUGGCAAAACGAGUCAGCUUGGUGCGGCCCCUAAGCAAGGUGGAGAUUAUUCCCAUGCCCUAUGUGACAGAGGCCACACGGGUGCAGCUGGUGCUUCCCUUGACAGUGCAGGAUCUGGACUUUGUGGCAAACUUUUUGGAUAUGUUUGCUAUGAACACACUGGACACACAUGAUAAUGCUUUGCUGACUCUGCUUUUCAUCUACCAUCCCUAUGAUGCCCAGCGAGUCAGUCAGGUGGAUGUUUUUGCUGGAGUCAAAGCCAUGGUAGGAGAGCUGGAGAAACGCUAUGCAGAGGUUAAAAUUCCCUGGAUUAGUGUUAAAACUGAGGUGCCAUCACAGGUGAAGCUCAUGGAUAUAGUCUCAAAGAAGCACCCGGUGGAUACGCUCUUCUUCUUGGCCAGUGUCUGGACAGAAAUCAACAUGGAGUUCCUGAACCGCUGCCGCAUGAACACCAUCAGCAACUGGCAGGUCUUCUUCCCGGUGCACUUCCAGGAGUUCAACCCUGCCCUGGUGUACCGUGGGGAGCAGACUGCCUCCUCCAGCACUGACUUACUGAGGGAUGGGCACUUCGACAGGCACUCCUUUGCUGAGGCCUGCUUCUACAACUCUGACUACAUGGCAGCACGCACCAAGCUGGCAGCUGAGAUCUUGGACCGAGAUGAGGUGCUGGAGAGCCUGGAGGUGUUUGAUGUCUUCCUGCACUACUCAGGCCUGCAUCUCUUCAGGGCUGUGGAGCCAGGGCUGGUGCAGAAAUACGCCCUGAGGAGCUGCAACCCCCGGCUCAGCGAGGAGCUCUACCACCGCUGUGUGCUCAGCAACCUGGAGGGCCUGGCCUCCCGCUCGCACCUGGCCAUGGCCCUCUUUGAGCAGGAGCAGGCCAACAGCACUUGAGACUGGAAACAGCAAGAGCUUCUCAGCACCUUAACACUUGGCACUUUCCGUCCCCUUCCCAGCCUUGCCAUGGGCGAAGGGCAUGUGAGGUCAAGGGAGGAGGAAGACUUUCCCAGCCCUGCUCUGAGGAACAGGCAUGGGCUAUGGAGAAAGACUGUUCUUGUGGGGUUGUUCGUUUGUUUGUUUUUUUAAAUAAAUAAAACUUUCUUU